AUAGUUCUUUAAAGUGCAAAGAGAAGAUUAUUCUCAAGAAUGAGAUGACUCAUGAAGAAGUCCAACAGCAUAAGAUUGAGAAACACGAAUGGCUGAAUCUUGAUAUAGAGAGACCUAACCAAGAGUCCGGCAGAGAUUCUAACUUAAAAUUACAGAAUUUUGAUUGGAGCCAACCUCAGCAGGCUACUUCUGCUCAGCAGAGUUCCGUCUUACCUUUUCCGCUAGCUGUAAGCAGCUGGCCUAGCGGGCUUUCUCCCCAGGCAUAUGUACCCGUGAUACAGACCGGUAAGCCUGUGGGUGGGAGCAAUGGAUCGUCUACAUUACUGCAGCAGGGUGCUCCUUUUUUUGCCUCUCAGCCUAGGCCUAAAAAGUGUGCAACACACUUUUUCAUUGCUCGGAACAUUCAGCUACAUCAGCAUUUCGUCAAAACAAGCCAUGUCUCUACUCCAAACAAAUGUUCUGUGUAUCUUAGAGGUGAUGACUUAAGCCCGGCCCCUGGAAACCCAUCCUUGCAAGGAAGCUCUCCUGUUAUCAAUUUAAACUCCCAGGCACAUGAUGGAAUUGCAGAAAAUAUUUCUCCGUCUGAGGAGAAAGCCUCUGAAAGAGUUCAUUUUGCCUCGACCAGACAGAAGAAACCUCAACCACCCCCUCCAUCAAGUAGUAUAGUGCCUGCUCCAGCUUUCAUCUUCCCCUCAAAUCACCAUUUGCAACCAGUCAUUGUAGCUUCUAAAUCACCUCUCCCAACAAAGAGCCCACGUGUGGCUUUUGGUUCAACAUCGGUCAACUUCAGUCAUCCAAGUUCAUCAGCCAGCGAAGCUUCUUCUCCGUACUUUACAGUUCUUCCAAACAAUGCAUAUUCCUUUCAACUGUCAUCAACCAUCAGAGGUGGGACUGCAAGCCAGGCGUUGCCUUACUUCAAUGGGUCCUUUUAUUCGCCGCAGAUGUUCCAACAACCUCCUCAGCUUAUGCAGAGACAGAGUCCAUCUCAGAGGGAGUCAAAAGCAUCAAGCUUUUCCUCAUCAUCCCACAGGCAACCGCAACCGCACCCGCAAGUUAGUGUGAAUAGCAUUUCAGGCCAAGCUAAUGUUCAGCAACACCGGCAACAGUCACAAAAGUCUGAGGCUAAAGCAGCUGGAGAUAACUCUGAUUCAAGGGGUAGCCACAAUCAGAAAGGAGGCCCACAUGGCCAGAUCAUGACAGCCCCUGUUCAGCCACAAAACUUUUCCAUGUCAUUUGCAUCUUUUGCCGGCGGUGCUACCCCUGCAAAUCUGAAUUUCUCCUCCAAUGGCUACCACAUCAUCUCUGCACCUUCUGGUGUUCAACAGAAAAACCAUCAAACAAAUGACUCAAAGACUGGAGGUGCAAGCUGUUCAAGCAAUGCCGAAGACCCGAAAAAGACUCUUCCUGGGAAGGCUCCAGUGAUGAUGAAUGGACAGACGCUGGUUUUUGACAAUCCAUCGAGAACCCUCAACUUUGUUUCUGGUACUUGGCCUCCUCCUGCAGCAACGACAAUAAAUGGGGACUCUUCAGUGUUUACCCAGCAUCAUGCACAGAGGCAGAAGCAAUCUGGUCGGAGUAAAAUGAUGACUCAUUCGCAGGUUGACUCCGUGUCUGCCUCGUCAUCCCAGUGGAAAAACCCUGCAAACUCAUCACUCACGUCGUGUAACCUCAAGCAGUUCCAGUCUCAGCAGCAGAUAAGAACUCAUGGACAGACUCAGAUUUCUUUUGCAGCACCAUCAAAGUCGCAACCUUCUCAGGAGCAACAUGGGAGAUCUAGUGGCUCUCCUUCAGUCAUCGGGUCUGGUUCACAUGGCAAAGCAGGAAACCACAAGGUCAGCAAUAGCAAAACCUUGCCAUUAUCACCUAUUUCUUCUUCUCCUGCACACGCACAGGAACAGACGGAGAAUUCAGCUUCCGGGUCGACCAAGAAAACGUCUCCCGUUUGUGGAAGGACCGUGCCACCGAUUAUAAGUUCAUGCCCAGGUCAUCUGUCUGAGCUAAAGUACUAGUUUCAUCGAAGCAGACGUAUAAAGCCACAAUUUUUUUGCAGUGUCUCUCUUCGAGUUUAGGCUAUUCCCAGAUGAGGUGAUACCCUAGUAGUGGUUUAGUAAAAAAGUAACGCUUCUCCAGGGAGUUAACGCUUUGGGUCGGUAUCUAAAUUAUUUAAUGUGUUAUGGGGUUUAAUAUCUUUUCGUUAUGAUUGGUCUAGUGUAGAUAUUUAGACUAACAAAAAAAACCCAUUUCACCAAGCAAUUUAUUACAAAUACAUUCCUCAACAU